UGUCGGCAACUUCCCCUCCCCUGUCUGUGUUUGGUGUGAGUUUGUCAAUGGCAGAUGGAAAUGUGGAUGUUUUGGAUAUUUACCCACUGAAUCAUUACUAUUUUGGUUCAAAAGAGUCACUUCCAUUAAAGGAAGAGGAGACCUUGGAUCAUCGCAUUCAACGCUUGAAAUUCAACUACAAUACUCAUGGAAUCAGAACUUGUGUACAAGCUGUGCUUUUGGUUGAUUUAUUCAAACAUCCACAUCUAUUAUUAUUGCAAGUACGGCAUUCCAUAUACAAACUUCCAGGUGGUCGUCUUAGGCCUGGUGAAUCAGAAAUUGAAGGUCUUAGACGUAAACUCUCAAGUAAACUAUCCAUGAGCGAAGAAGAUGACAGAUGGGAGGUCGGUGAAUGCCUUGGGAUGUGGUGGAGACCUGACUUUGAAACAUUGAUUUACCCCUUUUUGCCACCUAAUAUAAAAAGGCCAAAGGAGUGCACAAAACUCUUUCUAGUGAGGUUGCCUGAAAGUUGCAAAUUCAUUGUACCGAAGAACCUCAAGCUUAUUGCUGUUCCAUUGUACCAAGUUCAUGAAAAUUUCAAGACAUAUGGGCCAAUAAUAGCCGGAGUUCCACAACUGUUAUCGAAGUUCUCGUACAAUACACCCGAUACUGACUGAUUGGUGUCAUAAUACAAGUUAAAAGACCACAUUAGGCUCAAUGCUAUUCCCAUCCAGCUUGAUGUUUUAAGUUGCAAGUUUAAGUUGAGAAUACCAAGAUAGUAGUGACUUUGACAUGUAUAUAUAGCAUGUGGAGUGUGAGUAUACAUGUUUUUAUUUGUAAUGUUUCCAUCUGCAGUGUCUGUUUCUACCUGUAUAUUUGUAUAAUUGUGUUGGCUU